AUGGGUGCAAAGUUCUUGGGCACCGAUGCUGAAAUUCUGCACACAGGUGCAAAAAUUAGCCCACGGUCGCAAAACUUUAGCCUAUGGAUGCAACAUUUCUCCAGGCGGUUAACGACACUUCUUUUAAAUGCGAAGAAGCUCAAGCUACCAGCUCUCGCUAACCUUGCCAUUGCACAUUGCACUGCGCCACUCCACUUCAGUGAUAUGGAGAUGCAUCAUCUCCACCUCCAUGUCCUGACGCUCGUUCUACUCAUCUCAUCGCGUCCAUCCUCCAUCGUCGCCGGCGGGCUCUGCCGCGACAGCUGCGGCGACGUCCCGGUGCGCUACCCGCUGGGCAUCGACGACGGGUGCGGUAGCCCGUACUACCGCAGCAUGCUCACCUGCACCGACAACACCACGCUCCGCCUCCGCACCCCGUCCGGCACGUACCCGGUCUCCGGCGCCGACUACGCGGACCCGCACCUCGUGGUCACCGACCCGUCCAUGUGGACGUGCGCGCGGCCCUUCACCUCCGUCCACGCCGCGCCAUUCAGCCUGGACACCAGCACCCGCUUCACGCUAUCCCCGAGGAACGACCACCUCUUCUUCAACUGCGACGAGGACCGCGUCAUCGUGGCGCCCCGGCCGGCGGUCUGCGACCGGUACCCGGACCGCUGCGACUCGGCGUGCGACAACGCCGGCUACCUGUGCCGGAACCUGCCGGGCUGCCGCGACGCGCUGGACGAAGGGAACAUGACCUGCUGCACGUACCAGCCCCGCGCGGCGGAGUCGCUGCGCACGAUGAUGCGGCACUGCGAGGCGUACACCACCGUGUACUGGCGCGCGGUCGGGGACAAGUUCCCGCCCUACGACCAGGUGCCCGACUACGGCGUCCGGGUGGACUUCGAGAUCCCCGUCACCACGCGCUGCCUGCAGUGCCAGGACCGGCGGCGCGGCGCCAACGGCACCUGCGGGUUCGACCCGCUCACCAGGGACUUCGUCUGCAUCUGCGGCGAUGGCCGGAACUCCACCACCGACUGUGCAGAUAUUGGCGGAUCAGGGCAUGGGGCAUCAGCCGGGGUUGUAGCUGCGAGCGUCGUGUUCUCGAUCUCGGCAGCGAUCGGCAUCGGGGGGCUCGUGAUGUACAUUCGCAAGAUGAGAUCCAACAAAGUGGUCACCUGCGGCGUCCAGAGCAACGAAAAUAGAUUCUUCUAA